CGCUUUGGGUGCGAGAGGUCCCGAGUUCGAUUCUCGGAAUGCCCCAACUUUUGCCCUUUUCUACACAAUUCUUCUCUGAGUCAUAUUUCACCUAGUGUAGGCGGGCUUCCAUUGAAAGGGUUUUGUUACUGCUUUUGCUUUUCUUUUUUUCUAUCAUACUCUUAUACUAACCACUUUCAAUUCUCCUUUUUUUUUUUUUUUUUUUUUUUUUUUUUUAAGAAGAAAAAAGUAGUUGGUAUAAUUCAACAACCAGUAAGCAUGGUAUUCGGGCAAGUUGUUAUCGGACCUCCAGGAUCUGGAAAAACUACCUAUUGCAAUGGCAUGUCUCAAUUUCUUCCUCAAAUUGGACGGAAGGUUGCUAUAAUCAAUUUGGACCCUGCAAAUGAUGCAUUGCCUUAUGACUGUGCUGUUAAUAUUGAGGAAUUGGUCAACCUUAGUGAUGUGAUGAAUGAGCAUUCACUAGGGCCUAAUGGAGGUCUAGUGUAUUGUAUGGAUUACUUGGAGAAGAAUGUUGAUUGGCUGGAGUCCAAAUUGAAGCCACUUCUUAAAGAUCACUAUCUGCUCUUUGAUUUUCCUGGCCAAGUUGAGCUAUUUUUCUUGCAUUCAAGUGCAAAGAAUUUUAUAAUGAAAUUAGUGAAGAAAUUAAAUCUUAGGCUGACUGCUGUGCAUUUGGUUGAUGCCCAUCUCUGCAGUGAUGCAGGGAAGUAUAUCAGUGCACUACUGCUAUCUUUAUCAACAAUGCUUCAUAUGGAACUUCCUCAUGUAAAUGUUUUCUCUAAAAUUGAUCUUAUUGAAAGCUACGGGAAAUUAGCUUUUAACCUGGAUUUCUACACUGAUGCACAAGAUUUAUCGUAUUUGCUACAUUGCCUUGAUCAAGAUCUGCGUGCUGCCAAAUAUAGGAAGCUCACAAAGGAACUAUGUGAGGUUGUUGAAGAAUUUAGCCUUGUGAAUUUCACAACAUUGGACAUCCAGGACAAGGAAAGUGUUGGAAACCUUGUUAAAUUGAUCGACAAGACCAAUGGGUACAUCUUUGCUGGCAUAGAUGGAAGUGCAGUGGAGUUCAGCAAACUUGCAGUUCGCCAAGUUGAUUGGGAUUAUUACAGAGUGGCAGCAGUACAAGAGAAAUACAUGAAGGAUGAUGAACCUGAUGAUGACUCCAAUGUGCAGUGAGCUUUGCUGUUUCAGCACAUCAGCUGCUGAAAUCACCGAGUGUACUUUGAGUGGCAAAUUGGUUUUUAAUUGCUAGAACCAGACGGUAGAGAAAUAUAUUUUGCAUGGCUAUGAACACGAUGUACCAAUUGCAUAUGUUUGUGAUGCAUAUUAAGCUUUGUGUGUUCAGAGGCUGGCAUUUUGCCUUUAGUUGGCACAUUUGGUUCAGCUUAGGUUCGCUAGUGUUUGAUGAUAAUUUAAGGUAAUACAGAGUACAAAAUGAAAUUACAAGGUGUUUUUGUUUGCGAUCUCGGAAAAUCAGUAUUGGUAUGCAGGAAUUUCAACUGAAA